AUGCUAUUAUUUAAGAAAGUUAAUUCAAAAGUCUUGAGUAUAAAUAAUUAUUUACAAAAAUAUUUAGAAUCUAAUCAAUUCGAAAAAAAUUUAAAAGAAGCGUUGAAUAAUAAAAACUAUGGAGUGUCUAAUAGUCUUCUAUAUGAUUUAUCUAUAUCAACUUAUGACGUAAAUUAUUAUAAAAGGGUUAUGACGGAGGUGUUUAAGGCCAUACAAGAGAAGCCAUCUAGAUGGAGAAGAAUAUACAAGGGCCUAAAAUUGUGCGAGUAUGUUAUGAAGAACGGUUGCGAAUAUUUUAUUAGCGACGUUAAAGAUAAGGAAGAACUCAUAAAAAAAUUAACACACUUUACACACCUUGAAGAUUUAAAAGACAAAGGUAUCGGGAUCAGAGAUAUAUCAAAUAAUAUCUUAAGAUUAUUGAAAGAUAAUAAAUAUUUAAAAAAUGAAAGAAUAGAAGCAGCAAAAUAUGCAAAUAUUUGUACUAAUAUAGAAUCGAAGCCUAUAGAAAAGAAAGGUUUCUUUUCUAAUAGAAAGAAAAAAAAACAUAAAAUUAAAAGAACAAGUGAAUAUAGUAGAAGAAAUAUUAAUGAUCCAAGAAAUUUAAGACAAAGCUUACAAUCAAAAAAUAUAUUAGAUCAAAUACAAGAAGAAAGAAAAUCAAUAUAUGGAUAUACAAAUGAUAAUAAUAAUAUAUUUAAUGAAAAAAGAUAUGAUACUGAAGAAAAUAAUCAUAAUAAUAAUAUUUCUUCCUAUUCUUCAAAUAAUUCAUCUUCUUCAUCUUCUUCCUCAACAUCAUCAUCAUCAUCAUCAUCUUCAUCAUCAUCAUCUACAUCAUCUGCAUCAUCACCAUCCUCAGCAACAUCGUCAUCUUCUUCAUCUUCUUAUUGUAGUAAUAGAAAUUCUUCAAAUAGUGCUCAUUCAAAUUAUAAAACUAAUAAUAAUCAUAAAAGAAUAUCAAAAAGGAAAAAACAUAUAAAACAUAAAAAACAUUCAACAUCUUCAUCUCCAAAAUCAUCAAGAAUAUCUAAUCGAUCCUCAUCAAAUUCUCAAGAUGAAUAUAAUAAUACCUCAUCUAAAUUUUCUACACAAUCAAAAGGUCGUUCAGCGUCACAUACAUCAUCAUGUGUAUCGUCGCAUACGUCUUACAAACAUUCAUCAAGAUUAUCAUCACAUUCAUCAACCUCUUCCUCUGCCUCAAAUAGUUAUUCCAGUCGUUCUAGAGGAAGAUCACAUUUGAGAAAUAAACAUGGACGUUCAAAAAAAAAUAAAAGAGAAAAGGAAAGAAAAAAAAGUAGAUCAACAACUAGACACAAAUGA